AUGUCUUCUAUCCUUGAUGAAAAUAACAAACAGAAAAGAAAUAAGCCAUGCGAAAACUGCCGUGCUCACCGAAGAAAAUGUAAAAUGGUUCAAGGAAAUCAGUGUGAAAGAUGUGCCAAAAUGAAGCUGGCAUGUGUAUUCAAAUUUACAGCCAAACCUACUGUACUUAAGAAAGUAGUGCCUAUUUCCAAGAAGAAUAGAAUGUUAGAGCAAGUUCGACUUAUGGAACAAGAAAUGGCUAUGAUGGAACAACAGCUAAAAUCAUACAAUGUCAAACUACACCUAGAAUCAACUCAAAAGCCUACACAACAACUAUCAUCGUCUCACUCACCUCCUCUUCUACAAGGCCCAAAUGCUAUUCAAUUUGAUAGUAAUAAUAAUGAUUAUAUUUAUGAUAGCAGCGAUAAUUUUAGUUACAGUAGUACCAGCACUUUAUCUUGUGAAUGCACAGAUCCAGCCCGUUGUGUCCAUUCCACACGCACAAAACGUACGCGAUAUGAACCAGACCCUAAUUGGAGACUAACAAUCACUCACGGACCCGAAGGCAUGUCGUUUCAGACAUCUAUCAGAAAUGUAUCUGAUGUUGCUGCCUUUUUAUCGCAGUCCUUACCUUUUUUUACAGCCACAUCCUUUCCUCAACGGACACCUAAUUAUUUCUCGGAUCGUUCUCACAGACAGCUGAUUGUGACAAACCGGAUGCUCAAGAUCGAGUACGUGCUCCACAGCUUUUUCAAAAACAAAAAAGAAACAGCACCACUGUUGAUAGAACACAACAAUUGCGACUACCUAACACGAGUGUAUAUUAAAAAGCAAUUAAUCAGGUCAUACUUCCAGUGUCAUGGUCUAUUAAGUCCGCUUUUUUGCCAACCGUAUUACCUACCUUAUUUUGAAUCACAGCCCUCGUCCAUGGUGGCUUCUGGCAUGGCUGCUUUUAUUGCUUAUUCUCAAUGCCGUCAUGUCAUGGUGAUACCUCCUCCACUCACACGCCAAGGAUUGGCUGAAUCAUUUCGACAAGAAGCCAAAGAAAAACUCCAUGAAGUCCUAUUUGAAGAAGAGCCUAAUCUCUUAAUGGCAGGAACGUUAAUGCUCUUGGCUCAGAGCUCCAUGAUCAUGUUACUCAAUUCAGAAGCAAGAUUAUACACAAAUAUGGCUUGGCGUAUGGUAUGUCAACUCAAAGACAAGUACAUUGAUAUCGUUCGAGACAUUACUCCCCAGACACCCGUAACACCUCAAAUUGCUGAAGCUGAGUCAUGGCGGCGAAUGUAUUACACAGUCCGUUACCUUGAAGUCUAUUUGUACAUGAGUUACGAUGGUCUUUGUGACUUUUCUUCCAUCUUGUACGAAAAUGGUAUAGGAUCACCUACUUUGUUGGCCAAUGAAAUCGACAAUAAGGAUAUCAAAGACGCUGUGCUUGUGUUCUAUCAUGUUGUUCGACUCCACAAUUCACAAAUGUCAGUCCAAGCUAAUGAGCUCAAAUGGCAGUUAUUCGCUGGUACUCGAGAAUCAGUACUUGUCAGCGAUAUUGAGCACCUUGAAAAUCAACUUAUCAGUUUUUGGAAGAGUUUACCAGUUGAAUUUCGUUUAUCAGAUUCACCACUUGAAUAUCUUCAGUCAGAUCGAAUUCAACAAUGCGAGAACAAAUAUGCUAUUUACCUGAAUCAACUUUAUUAUGCUUAUUGGUUAGCUUUGGAAACGCGCCUGAUGAAAGCACCAGGAGCCACUGAUUUGCUCGGUGCCAACAUGGAACGCUUUGAUGGAGAUCGAGCACUGUUGAUUGUGUCGGUAUGUUGUGAUGCUAUUGCAAAGAUCUUUCAUAUUUUGUAUUGUCGUUUACCAUGCAGUGUUGAACUUCAUUGGCUCUUGAUUGCAAGUGAUGCUAUGGCAAUGCUGAAAAAAGCAAAAAAUCCACACAUCAGACAAAGAGCACAGAACAAUUUGCGAGUGACGCUUAACGUACUUAUGCAGCGUGUACAAAAGGCUGAGACUUUUGGCCAAAUAAACAAUCAGACAGAAGACAGCAGCUAUAAUUUCUGGACAAGCAUGUUACCCUCAGAUACAAGCACAGCAACAACAAGUAGUCUUUCAGGAUCAGAAGCAAGCACAAUAACAGAAGAUCCUGGUCCAGACAGUCACAUAAAAAAUGAUCAGAGUCCAUCCACAGCUUAUUUUGGUGAACUCAAAAAGGCCUUAAUGGCUUAUUUUACUGGACCUGAACAACAAAUGCAUUCAGUUUAA